UGCAAACACACACCUACAAAAAUAUAUAUAUAUAGAUUCUCUCUCUCUCUCUCUCAUAGUCAUAUAUAUAUGGAGAAGGUGAAUUUUGUUAGAGAUGGAGGGAGAAAAUUGCCUCCUGGAUUUAGGUUUGAGCCGACGGAAGAAGAAAUCGUGUUCCAAUAUUUGUCGCGUAAAACAUUCUCACAUCCUCUCCCAGCUCUUGUCAUUCCAGAAAUGGACGUUUUCAGCUUGGAUCCAUGGCAGCUUGCAGGUGAUUCUUCGGAGGAUAUGUAUUUCUUCAGUAAUAGUAUGGGAGAUGAGAGUGAGAGAGAGAGAGCGACGGCUUCUGGUUUUUGGAAGGCGAAUGCUGCGCCCAAACAGAUUCAUAAUUCUUGGAAGAGAAUGCGUAUAGUUGGGAUCAGAAAAUCCUUCGUCUUCUACAUGAGAUCCGGCGUUUCAACUCAUUGGAUCAUGCAUCAAUACUGCAUUGCCCUUUCCCAACAGAAUAAUUGUUUGGUUCGAAUUGGAGAUUGGAGCUUGUGCCGUAUAUUUAUGAGGAAAGGAGGCACGACGACGCAAGUUGAUGAGGAUGCACAUUCUUUUUCUGCUUCAUCGUCUUCUUCUCCCAAUUAUGAUUCUACUAUUUUCAAUGAUGUCUCUUCUUCUACAUAAUUAAUUUUGUAAUUAUAUGUAUUAUUCCCCCAAAUUAAGUCGAUGAAUACGAUUUAAUUUGUAUUGUGCUAGCUGCAACUUUAGACAAAUCAAAAAAGCACGAGCUGGGGGAAAAAGGUGAUUUCAUUUUA